CUGACACGUAAACAUCUGGGUUGUGUUUAAAGAAAACUGCAAUGGUGUACCUUUCAAGACCUGAAACGUGGACUCUCGAUUUAUUUCGUUUCGUUCCCGAAGAUGUCAGUUUGGGAACUUUUCUCUGGAAAUUUGAUUUCUAUAUUGCAGAUUCUCGCUCCUCACCAAAAACCCCAAAGGAAAUGGUUGACUUCCUGACUGUUGCACCAAAACCGUGACACGGUUGGCGAGGUGCAAGGAGACAAAAAGCUCGGAGGACAAAAUGUCGCGCACGGGUCCAAUGAGCGACCUGCACCACAGUGGUUCUCAGAGGGGCCCGCAGAGGAGACACGGAGGCGGGAGGUGAGCGGAGAAAAAGCGGAAGGAAAGGGGCGAAAUGAGGGAAAUGUGACAGUGAAAACACGCCGGUUCGGAAGUUACUGAUUUGUUUAAGGAGACUGAGAAGAGCCUCGGUGCCGAGGGGGGAGGAGACGAGGAGACGAGGGACCGGGAUGAGGGAGGAGGAGGAGGAGUAAAUCAGUGUUGGAGACUCUGACGCGGAAGAAGAAUCGCCCCCGGAGAAGGAAGAAGAAACCCGAGAGGAGAGCAGCCCCCCGCCAGCCCGAAUCCACACUUGUUGACUAACGUUGGUCUCCAGCCCCGCGGCCCGGGUUUGGACGUCUCCCACCCGGUCUCUCAUGUAUUUCUCCCGGGUGCCGAGCUGCUGGUCUCAGGCGGCGCGGCUGACUGACAGGCAGGCUGUGAUUGUUACCGAAGGCUCUGACUGAAGACAACGUCGCCCGUCCAUUUCACAGACUCCGCUCUGCCGUGGACGCGCUCGGCAUCCGGCUCCACUGGAUCGGUAUUUCAUCUUUUAUUCAUCCCGCCUCCCCGGCGGGGAGCUCCGGGAAUCGCUCGAGCACGGCGCCCUCUCCCGCGUGCAGCGCCGCUGGGUGGCACCGCUGUCUCCGGGCGGAGGGACUCUGAUCUCGGCGUGGCGGACGACCUCUUCGCCGCGAGAAAACGACUCGAAAAGGCUGGAAAACCGAACAUUACUGCCUCCCCUGGACACCAGAUCUGCGUUUUAAGAAGGUGGACACGCGGUUAAUGUGUCAGGAGUUGGAUAUUUAACCAGCCUAUGAGGCGGGAAGCUCCGCGAGAGACACCGACUGCGGCGCCCUCUCCGCCGGGCGGUACCGCUGGGUGGCACCGCUGGGUACAGUCGGUGGUAUGAGUCUUCUUUGGGGGUUAACAACGUCACAUUUUAGCAGAAAAACUGAGCUGGUUUGGAUCACGACGUCGUGACCCGAAAGCCUGUAUUUUGGACCUUCUGUAAUUAGCCUCUGAAGCGGAGAAAGCUCCGGGACACACACCGAGCACGGCGACCUUUCGCCGGGCUGCGCCGCCGUGUCCGGCUCGGUGGGAUGUCUCGCCACCGGGGUUGGAAUAUUUUCUAGAAACCCGGGAUUGUCUUCAUAAGAAGCGAAGCUAGCCACCCCCCGUCGGCGAGUGUGUGUGAAAAGAAAUGGCCGACUCCAGCCGCGCCAGACCGGCGGACCACGACGCCGCGGACAGCUGGACAGCGAGCCCACUGACCGGGAAGAAGAGGGCGCAGCAAUCGCCCGGGCUCCGGGCCAAGUAUCAGAGCUCCGCACCGGGCCACUGCUUCAAGAAAGUCACCCUGACCAAACCCACCUUCUGCCACAGCUGCAGCGACUUCAUCUGGGGGCUCAUCGGCUUCCUGUGUGAAGUGUGUAACUUCAUGUGUCAUGAGAAAUGCCUGAAAACGCUGCGAUCAGUUUGCUCCUGCAUGACUCCAUCUGUAGUCCGGGUGCCGGUGGCCCACUGCUUCAGCCCGGCCGGUCAGAAGAAACGUUUCUGCUGCGUCUGCAGGAAACAAACGGAGGGAAACACGGCGCUGCGGUGUGAAGUGUGUGAGCUGCACGUCCACACUGGCUGUGCCGCCUUCACCUGCGCCGACUGUCGCAGCUGUCACCUGGACGGGACUCUGGAGCAGGAUACGUUUCACCACCACUGGAGGGAGGGGAACCUGGCGUCCGCGGCGAGGUGUGAGGUGUGUCGGCGUUCCUGCGGUUCGUCCGACGUCCUGGCGGGGAUGAGGUGCGAGUGGUGCGGCAUCACGAGCCACGCGGCCUGUUACCUCAGCGUGCCACCAGAGUGCACUCUGGGACGUCUGCGCUGCAUGCUGCUGCAUCCGGCCUGCGUCCGCCUCGACUCCAGAAACUUCAGCAAGAUGCACUGCUACCGCAUCACCGAGAGCUGCGGCCAUGACCUGGAUAACUCAGACGAUGUUGAUCCGUCUGCGGCGCUGUCUAAAGACGGUCAGCCAGCUGCUCCGGAGUCAGGCAAGCAGUUUCUCAAGGUGUUUGACGGUGAUGAUGCAGUCAAGCGCAGCUGCUUCCGAUUGGUUUCUAUUUUUCGGGCCACAAGGAAUGAGGAAGUGGUGGAGGCGGCGCUGAGGUCCUUCUACCUCCCCGACGAACCUCGGGACUACGAGCUGCAUGAGAUCGGUGGUCUGCAGCGUCUCCACAGCGACGACAUCCUGAACCGUAACGGCGGCUCGGACAAAAGGAGCUCUCUGAAAGACGGCGGCGACGCCUGGCUGCUGAGGGCCAGACCCCGAGACGCCGAGGUCAUCAGGGUGUACGCCGGCUGGCCCAGGUCGGGGGCUGCUUUCGUCUGCGUCUCCAUCUCAAAGAACAGCACGGCAGCUGCAGUCCUCACUGAGGUCCUCAGUCAGCUGGACAGACAGCAGGAGGACGUGUCCGGCUUCAGCCUGCUGGAGGUCUGCAUGAGCAGCAAGCAAGUGCAGAGACAGACGCUGACGCCUCAGGAGAAGGUUCUGGACAAACUGCAGGAGCUCAGGAAGUUGUCUCUGCGUCAGACGAACCAGACUCGGUUCUACGUCGUGGAGAACAGGAGCCGAGCGGUGCAGGUCAACCUGCUGAUUGGGGGACUGCCCCCCCUGCUGACCAAAGAGGAGUAUGUCCAGCUGAUCCAGGAACACCUGACCAUCAAGACUCACCUGGCCGCCAUCAGCCAUUUCUACCCCAGUCAAGGUGUGGUAGCAUUGCAGAUCUCGUGUUUCGCUGAAGCGGAGAGGAUCUACAUGUUGGCUAAAGACACGUCUGUCAACAGCAAGACGCUCACUUCGCUCGUCAUUCCAGAGAUCACGCACAACAAGCUGGGACAAGACGUCUGUCCCCUGCUGGUGUUUGUCAACCCUAAGAGUGGAGGUCUGAAGGGCCGCGAGCUCCUCUACAGCUUCCGGAAACUCCUGAACCCGCACCAGGUCUUUGACAUCUCCAACGGAGGACCGCUGGCUGGCCUCCACACCUUCAGGGAGGUUCCGAGGUUUCGGGUGCUGGUCUGCGGGGGUGACGGGACGGUGGGCUGGGUGCUGGGAGUACUGGAGGCGGUUCGACACAAACUGGUCUGCCGAGAGCCGCCCAUCGGCAUCGUACCUCUGGGGACAGGUAAUGACCUGGCUCGUAUCCUGCGUUGGGGGCCGGGCUACGGCAGUGAGGACCCCCACCACAUCCUGGUCUCUGUGGACGAAGCAGACGAGGUUCUGAUGGACCGCUGGACCAUCCUGCUGGACGCCCAGGACAUGUCGGAGGACGGCAAGGACAACGACUUUCUGGAGCCGCCCAAGAUUGUACAGAUGAACAACUACUUUGGUCUCGGCAUCGACGCUGAGCUCAGCCUCGACUUCCACCUGGCGCGCGAGGACGAGCCCGAUAAAUUCACCAGCAGGUUCCAUAACAAAGGGGUGUACGUGAAGGUCGGUCUGCAGAAGAUCAGUUACACAAGGAGUCUCCACAAAGAGCUCCAGCUGCAGGUGGACACUCAGAACGUCCCAUUACCCAACAUAGAGGGACUGAUCUUCCUCAAUAUACCCAGCUGGGGUUCAGGUGCUGAUCUCUGGGGGUCAGAGGUCGACGGUCGCUAUGGGAAACCGAGCAUCGAUGACGGUUUGCUGGAGGUGGUCGGCGUCACUGGGGUCGUCCACAUGGGCCAGGUGCAGAGCGGCCUCCGAUCUGGGAUUCGUAUUGCUCAAGGGAACUACAUCAGGCUGACAGUGAGCAAACCCAUACCUGUCCAGGUGGACGGAGAACCGUGGAUCCAACCGCCGGGACACAUCAUCAUCUCCGCCGCUGGACCAAAGGUCCGGAUGCUGAGGAAAUCCAAGCAGAAGCAGAAGAAGUCAUCAGCUGGUGUGAAAGACGGACGUUCGGAGAGUCCUUCCUCUAGAGAUGGAGGACACUGACCGGGCCACCUGAACAUCACUGUCCUGCCAUUUGCCUGCUUCCUGCUGCACCUGAGAAGCCAUUCUGGCGCCAGCUGCCAGCUGUGAUUACGCUCACGUGGCUUUAUGACGAUGGUGAAGGGGCCGCGGACGCCCUGGAUCGCCUCAUGUUUGGCCCAGAUGGGAUCCCAUUUCCAUCCUGCUGACUAAGCACUUACCAGAUACAGAACUCACCAUAACCAUGGUUAAUAUUUAGCACUUAAAAGUUUACCUUUUAACUUAAAAUGCAAAUAACUAAGUAUCUAAUACUAGCAUAAUAGAAUUUCUGCAUAGAUUGGGAAAGAGUUGAUAAUGAAUUUUGACAAUUUCCCAGUAUGGAUAAGCUUCAGAGUUGAACAAAAAAAAAAAAUCUAAAGUAUUUAACAGAAGUUGUUAAACUUCUGUUCAGAUGUGACUGUAUAUAUACAGUAAGUCGGAGUAGGCUCAGCGUCAGUUGAUAUAUUGUAAAAACCUUAGUUUUGAAAAAUAAUGUGCAGCUAUAGAGUGAUUAUGACCUUGAUGUUGGUCAUUUUGUUAUCGGAAAAUAUGAAGAUACCGAAUGCUAAAGCAAUUCUGAAGAGAGUGACAGGACGUUUUUUAAGAAGCUGCAACCAUGUAAUGUUUUCUUCUUCUUCUUCUUCUUCUUCUCGAGUGAAAUCCCUCAGUAACGUCGGUUGCCAAAGGACAAUGUUGAUGUCGCGGUGAAGCUCUCCAGAGCUAAUGAGCGCGCUAAGUCAAACAAAAAAUCUCUGAUCCUCUGAAAUCACGGGGACCACUGCGAAGCGUCGGCGUGCCGGUAGUCAAAGGAUUGAUUUUAAGAAAAGUUAAAUUUAAAUGAGUCUGAGCUGUGAGUUUUAACUGGAGAUAAACUGUAACGCCUGUACACAGUUUGUACAGUAUUUUGGCAGAGUGGAAGCUUGUUCUUGUUAACGCUUAGAGUUUGAAGCAGCUUUUACUUUGGCAACAUGACCAAUUGUAAUGAAGAUAUACAGUAUAAGUCCUGCUGUCAGUGUUGUGUCACCAAAUUUGUUCAGUCUCUGAUUAUAUUCUUGUGUUAAUGAUAAUAAGAACUUGUUCAAAGCAUAUCCCGUGACUUUGGAUGCUCCGCAGAAAACGUUAAAAAACCUUCUCGUGACUUGGACAGAGUGACUGUGUCAGCGUUUUUACGAAAAUUAAGUUUAUCAUUUCAACCACUUGGUCCGUAAUGCAUUUUUUUUGGUAAUGCGUUCUUCUAAAAGUUAGAAAAACAAAUGUAAAAGAAAAGAAGUUAGAAGUAUAGUUAGUUAUAGAAAAUUGGUAAGCAUAUGGCUAAGCAAUCAUAUCAAAAGUGACCAAGUUAGCAGCCUUAACUUUACAAUUUUGUUUUGAUCAGCACAAAAAUAACAAUUGAUUUUAAAAUCUUGACAAAUAAUCACUACACAGAUUUAUACAGGUUUGAAAUCUGCCAAGAUUCACCAAGAAGUAGAACUCGACCAACCUUGGCAUUUCAGGCAUUUUAAUUAAAUCUACCAGCAUUAUUUGUGACAAAGAUAUGCUUAAACAGAAUAUUGUACAGCCAAUAAGUUAAUUAAAAAAUGCUAAAAGAUACUGUUGAAAGGUUAACUCUGGCAGUAGCGUACGCUAGCUAGUUAAAAUACCAUCAGCAAUUUAAGUUAUGUUAUUAUUUAAACCACUCAAGUCAAAUUAGCAUCUUUAGCUUCUAGAAGACUGAUCAUGUUCCAAAAAUUAAUAUUUAUAAGUCCAAAUUUUUUGAAAAUUGAAUAAAGAAAAUAGAAAUAAAAUGUAGUGACAUGCAGCAGACGGUGUUGUUGUUAAGGUAGAAGAUGUCUCGUAGUCUUCCUGUUGCCUGCGAUAGAAACUGUGCUGCGGUUGAAACUGUGUUUUCACUUCAUGCUAUUGUACACAGCUGACUCUCUUCUUUGUGUCUUCCCUGAUAGCAGUUAGCCUGUUUUUUGCUUAAUAUUAAGUGCAUUUUAUAGAAUAAGUGUAUGAAGACGUAUCAGAAGGGUGGCGAUGUCUAGUCCAAUGAGCAGCAAAAUUCAAAAGAGACAAAUCUCUGCUACCUCUAAGUUGUUGGUAAUGUUAAAUCGUUUUUUAGAUCAGAAAAGGACCAAGAAUGAAAAACUGAUCACCUGGAGAACAAACUGAGGCCAUGGUCAAAAUGUUCAAAUGAGAUUUCUUCAAGUGCCAUCGGCAGCACCCAAACCCAGCUAGAAAACUAGCUAAAUCACGAGCUGUAUUGAGUUAGUGACAUUACUAGCUUUGUAGGCUGCUUUUUACUACCAAGCUAGUAGGUAGGCCAAAAAAAAAAAAACUGAAAUUGCAGAGUAAAUGGAGGAAAACACUUCCUAAAAUGUGGGUACUAUGUGCCGCUGCGAUUGAGUCGCUGUAAUAUAGCACCAGAAACUAAAUAGAAAACUAGCUACAUUACCAGCUUGGCGAGGUGGCUGCCAAGCUAGCUUACCAAAACAAAAUGAAAACAAAACUCAAUUAAUUUUAGGGGAUAAAAAAAAACAAGUUAGCCAAGCGUGUAAAUUUACUCAAAUGUGGGAACAAAAUGUGGCACUGUGACAGGUAAAGGUAACACCGGACACUAGCUAGAAAACAAGCUAUACUAAACUAGCAUUACUAGCUCCGCGGGGUAAUUAGCUAGUUUACUAGCAAACUAAAUUGCCAAAACAAAACUAAAGAAAACUCAGUUAUUUUUUGGGGGAAAAAAUACAUAAAUUGAGGGAAUGAAUUCACUAAAAUGUGGGAACAAAUGUGACACUGCGAUUACAGGAAGCACCUGACUCUAACUAGAUAACUAUCUAAACUAAACUAGCAGCUUUACUAGCAUUGCAAACUGGUUGGCUAGCAGACUAGCCACGUUGCCAAAACUAAACCCAGUAACUUGGAAAGAAAGAAAUAAAAGUAAGUGAAGGGUAUGCAGCUCGCUCGGCAGUCUGCUUGCCAAAACAAAUUAAAUAAAAAAUACCAAAAUUCGUACGCAAAUAACAUUAGUCAGUUGAAUUAGUGGAGGAGCAAAUUAUCCAAAUAUUUCACCAAAUUUGAUCUUGAAGCAAAAGACUUGCUUACGUUUAUUUUUCUGCCAAAACUGUAUCAAAGGAUCACAAAUUCCUUUACAGUUGCCCAAAUUUUGUGCAACCUAUUACUGUCGUAUUUGUCCAAACGUUUCACCAAACUUCCUAUUUUUUAAGUUCUAAACUCUAAGAGACGAGCUCCAGAGGGUUUUAUGACAGAGGCACUUCGUCCGCCUGCCCAGAGACGCAGAGCGGAAAAAAACCACGGUUGUGGAAGACGAGGGAUCUCAUGCUGAAGGUCCCAGCUCUUGAUGUAGCCACAACAGUAUUUGAUCACACUCUGCUUUGGUUGCAAUAUCUAGAUGUUCAGUUUAUAAAAAGGCUGGAAAAUAGUGAAUAACGAUGCCUCAUUAUUCCCUGAAGCUCACGUGAACACGUUUCUAAUUUCUUUUCUGACCAACGGUCAAAAACACAAAGUUGAGUUUACUAUCAGAGAAAACUGAAAACCAGCAAAUAAAUUCACACUGGAGAAGCUGGAACCAGAAAAAUUUUGACAUUUUUGUCUUUAAAAAAAUGUAUUGAAACUACGAAUCAAUAUCAAAGUUGUUGCCAUUCAUUUUCUGUCAAUCAUCUAAUUGUUUAAUCAACGAAUCAUUUCAGCUCCGGAGUCCUGGUUGUUUUCUGUGGAAAUAAUGAAACUGUUGGGGGUCAGUCGGGCCCCAAGAACCAGUUUCUGUCCCAGGGGGCCCCUCAGGAGGUGAAUCCAGCUGAAGGGUCUCCAUUGGAAAUUAAAGUAAAGUUUGUACAAAGCGGCAUCAGAUGCAGCAGAAGUUCAGAACUUUGGUUUGUGCGUAGUUUGAGCGGUUAAACGUGUCUCCCACCGCAGAUGGAUUCUUCUCUGCUGGUCUUUCUGGUUUGUCACCACCCUGUCAGUCGCACAACAACCUUUCGCCGAUGCCACAAGCUUCUUUUAGGUUUUGUUGAAUGUUGAAAAUGUGCUCUAACGUGACGUUUCUGCUUCUCUGCAUCCGUCGUGCCUCGUAGCGUCUGGCCCACCCGCCGAUAUGUUAAGCCCCGCCCAUCAGAAACCAGGUAGUGGUUUAGGUGCGAGGGUUGGAGUCUGCGUCGUGCCUCGUCGACACGCUUCAACUCCCAUCAGUGCUCUGAUGUUCACCGCGUGUGUGUGUGUGUUUCCCUGCCGGUGCAGUGGUGUGUUCACCUGAGCUAACGUGCCUCCAGAUGUUUUUCUUUUUGCUGUAACCAGGUUCAGUUUUUUCCUGAAGUCUUAUUGAAAAGAUGAUUUGUAUAUUUUUGCUGACAGAAGCUGUUUGGGUUUUUUUUUUCAGUUUCCACUGUAAAGUUUUACCUAUAAAUUGCACUAAUUGUUUUACAGAUGCUCGUAGAUGUGAUGUUCAGGUUAUUAUUAAUGUUGUAAUAACUAAAGCUAAAUAUAUAGUACAGAUAUAUAUAUAUAUAUACAGUAUAUAUAUAUACAGUAUAUAUAUGUUUAAAUAAUGAUUCUCAUGUGUUUAA